AUGGGCUUCUUGCCGUCUGGCGAAGUGGCUUUAUCUCUCGGCGAGGAGGUUGCUGGCCUCCGUGUGCUCUCCACCGGCGCUGGCCGGCUCGCAGUGACCACAAGGCCCCCUUAUACGACUUCCACGUUAGCUGCCUUUGCGAACGUGUCUUCCCAACUCUGGCUUCGGGGAGCAGUGCAGCAAACCACUGCAAUCGCGAUCUUUGUAGUCCUGCAGCCUCCAGGCCAGAUCCGAGCGGUCAAAGGCUUCGUUCACGUUGCUGAACUGGAUGAGCGUGCUGUGGAUGAAGUUUUCGUCGGGGAUUCGAUUCGUGUCCGGAUUCUGGACACAAGCCGUGGAUACCUCGAGCUGUCACUGAAGCCGCUGGACGCUGCAGCCUGA